GUAAAUAGAUCCAAAACAAGUAGUACAAUAUUUCUCAACUCAUCGUUCAACAUCACUUAAUCCUUCAGACUUUACUCGAACCAUUAUCUCUGUUUUCGUAUACAGCCACCUUGUCAAUGACAAUCGCCGGCUGCCACAUCGGUUGGACAUCGCCCAUGUUGCCCAUAUUAAAAUCCCCGGACUCUCCCUUGCCAUUAACCUCGGACGAUGCUUCCUGGAUGGUUUCGUUAGUCCUCCUAGGCUGUAUCCCCGGCACCGUGAUGGCAGCGUUCAUAGUAAAAUGGUUCGGUCGCAAAAUGAGUCUGCUGAUAUCGGGCGUACCGUUCGCGAUCAGCUGGAUUCUAAUCAUCAUUGCUUGGAAUCCUUACAUCCUCUACAUCGCAAGAUUCAUCGGAGGCAUCGGUUCCGGUAUAGCGUAUGUCCUGUCUCCCAUGUACAUCGGCGAAAUCGCGGACAAAGAGAUCAGAGGAUCCCUGGGUUCCUUUAUCAAACUAAUGGUGACGUUCGGGGAGCUGUACGCCCAUGCGAUCGGUCCGUACGUGUCGUACGAGGUGUUAGCUUAUAGCUGCGCCAUAAUUCCGGCGAUCUUCCUCCUAACGUUCAGUUUCAUGCCGGAGUCUCCUUACUAUCUGCUAAUGAAGAACCGCGACCAGGAGGCUAUACACAGCUUGAAGAGUCUGAAGAGAUACGCGACGCAGGAUCAGCUGGAGGAGGAUCUGGAGCAAAUGCAGAAGACCAUGAUCCGCGAUCUGAGCGACAAAGGACAUUUCUGGGACCUCUUCAAUACUCCGGGUAACCGGAAAGCUGUAUUGAUCAGCUUCGGCCUUCAAGUGGUGCUGCAAUUCAGCGGUUUAGCUGCUGUGGAAUCGUACACCCAAGAGAUCCUCGAGGAAGCCGACACGGGCUUAUCUGCCGCAACAGCUGUGAUCGUCCUGAGCGCUCUUCAGCUUGUCGCCGGUGUGGGAGCGUCCGUUUUGGUCGAUAAAUGGGGUAGAAAACCGCUGCUCCUGAUCACGACCUUGCUAGCCGGAUUGUCACUGACCGCAGCCGGAGCGUUUUAUUUCCUGAAACUCAAGAUGUUGGUGGACAUGAGCGAUUUCGGUUGGAUUCUUCAUGCCUCUAUUAUAUUUUACGAGCUUAUUAUAGCGUUAGGUUUAAAUCCAUUGGCGUAUAUGAUGCUCGGGGAAUUAUUCCCGACGAACGUGAAAGGAGUUGCGGUGUCCUUGGCGAAUUUGUGGGGAAGUCUGCUGGCAUUCAUCGUUGCGAAGAUGUAUCAGGUCAUCUCCGAUUCCUGGGGAGUUUACACUUCCUUCGGGUGGUUCGUGAUUAGCUGCUUCCUUGGAAUCGCCUUUAUCGCAUUCGUGGUGCCGGAAACGAAAGGUAAAUCGUUAUUCGAGAUACAAGAGAAAUUGAACUGCAAGAAGAAGAAGAAGAAGAAGGAUAAAGAUUCGAAACAGAUAAGUAAGAAUGUUCAAAUAAUUACUGUCGCUUAACCAGUUAACCGCGGAAUUUAGUUUUAAACAAACGAUAAAUUUCCAUUAUAAAUUUUAUGACAGAUAUUUUUGCUCGAUAAACAUUAACUUUUUGUUAAUAUCGAUUGAAGUGAAAUCAAAUUUUAGAUGAAUAUGUUGAAUGCAGUUAACUGGUUAAAUGUGUCUAUCGCAUGAACGGUCUUAAAACAUAAAAACUUUCGUAAGUAUUUACGAAUAUUUAAAAGUACUUACAUUAACUUCUGUACC